AUGAAGGAUGAGAUACACGCCGAACAGCAUGUCAUCAGCCCUGACGGCGACCACAAACAAGUCGCCAAGAAGGAAAAGUCCAGACUCUCUGCCAUCUUCACCGUCAUCUUCUCUGGCUUUGCACUGCUGUCGGAUGGAUAUCAGAUUGGAGUCCUGUCGCUCAUCAACGUCUGCUUCACCAAGAUCUACGGCGAUCAAUUCACUUCAGAAAUGUCGACCCGCAUCGGAAACUCGCUCUUUGUCGGCUGUAUCCUUGGACAGAUCGGAUUUGGAUUCAUCUGCGACCGUGUCGGUCGUAAGGUCGGUCUGAUGUUGACUACUAUACUCGUCAUUCUUGGAGCCGCGCUCUGUGCGGGUGCCUAUGGAGCUGGUGGAUCGGUUGAGGGACUCUUUUGGGCGCUGACGGUCUACCGUGGAAUCUUGGGUGUCGGUGUAGGAGGCGAGUACCCUUGUUCUUCGGCUUCUGCCUCUGAGGCUGCAGAUGUGGUCAUGCCCGGUCGCCGUGGAAUGUUGUUUGUCUUUGUCACCAACUUUGUCAUCGAUACCGGAUUCGUCCUCUCGGCUCUGGUGCCUCUGAUCCUGGCGUUGGCCGGGAGCAGUUAUGAAGUCAUCUGGAGAGUCUCGUUUGCGUUCGGAGUCCUCCCACCACUGUCGGUCAUGUACUUCCGUUUCAAGAUGGAUAAUUCGGACAUCUUCCAGAAGAAUUCCAUCAAGAAGAAGGUCCCUUACGGUCUGAUCUUGCAGCGUUACUGGAAGUACCUUCUCGGAACUGCGGGAUCAUGGUUCUUUUACAACUUUAUCUCAUACCCAUUUGGCAUCUUUGCCGGAACCAUCAUUGACCAGUCCGGUGGCGAGAACCCUUCCUUUGUCCAUACUGCCCAAUGGAUGCUGUUGCUCAACUUUUUCUACCUCCCCGGAUCCAUCUCGGGAGCUUUGGCCUCGGACAAGCUUGGACGCAAGAAGACUAUGUCUCUGGGAUUCUUCAUGCAGGGCGUUCUUGGAAUCUUGAUGGGUGUCUUCUACAAGGACCUGCUCAAAAAUUUCCCCCUCUUCGUCGUCGUCUACGGAAUCUUUAUGGCCUUUGGAGAGUUUGGACCCGGUGACAUGUUGGGUCUGGUCUCGGCCGAGAUUUACCCCACCGCUAUCCGUGGUACCGCCUAUGGUUGGUCGGCUGCCAUUGGAAAGUUUGGCGCCUUUGUUGGUACCACUGCCUUCAAGCCUGCUGUCGCCGCAUUGGGAGGAGGAGAUGCCGACAAGGGCCAGGCUCGGGUUUUCAUCCUCGCCUCUGGAUUAGCACUUUUGGGUUCGAUCUUCACCUGGUGCCUGAUCCCCGACUACUCCAAGAGGAACCUGCACGAGGAGGACGAAGACUUUAGAAAGUUCCUCGAGUCCAAGGGCUACGAUCUGUCCAACUUUGGUGCCCCCAGUGCCCCCACUGCUGCCGACCUUGAGGCUGCCGACAGCGACGCCGCCUUUGUCGACGAGAAGCACCCCAGCAAGGGCCUAAUCGCAGCACCUUAG